UUUUUAGUCAACAAUAAAACUGUCUCAAAAAUGAGUAGUUAUGGUCUGAACAGUCAGCUUGUUCCCCUUAGAAGUCAAUUUUUGUUUGUUUUUAGAUUCAACACUGUGAAGGAUAUUUUUUUUCCGAUCAAUGAAACGAUCCGAAAGAGAGUGACCUAAUAUCUUGAGUUUGUUAAAUUAGAAAAUUUAGAUAAUUUUAUUCAAAGUAUUUUUUACUCUGUUUUAAACGUUGCUAUUCUCAAUUUCAAGACAAAAAAAAUGAAUUUAAAAGAGUUUAUUGUCGUCGUGGUGUUAGUGCUCAACAAAAAAUGGUCUGUGGGCCUUUCACACACGGACUCUAAUGAACUACGAGCUGAAAUCGGAGAAUUCGAGAUUACAUCAAAUGGGAAAAGUUUCGACGUUGACGGAAUCUUAAGGUGGACAGAAGUGGGACGCGAUCUUUUGAAAGCAGCGAUAUCGACAGACAGCGAAACUAUAAUCACAGUCGCUAAGACUUUGAGCAAUGCCAUACCAUAUAUUGGUGAUAUAAUGAACAUGUUAAUAGACAUUAUGUCCAGCUCAAAUGGAUAUGAAGAAAUCAAGUAUGAAUUCCAGAAAAUGGACAGUCACCUUUUCGCCAUUGAAAAUAAGAUAGACGCUUUGUCACAACAUGUUACUGCUACAAGUAUUCUUUCUUAUUACAAGUCGCAAGCGCAGGUCAUCAAUGUGAUUCAAAAGUCGUAUGAACGAUAUCUCCACACAAACACACCCAUAAACAUGCUUGAAUUGAUCGACAACUGCAAACGGAAUAAAAUAAUAAAUUUCAUUUAUUACGUGCACGCAGAGUUAACAGAUUCUACGACUCUCCCACUUAUGACUGUGAUGAAAGAUGACAAUAAUUUGAGGAACUUUCAGCUUUGGAUGAAGAUGUUGAUUGGCAGCAUGUCCCAAAGCAUGAUGCUGCACUCCAUAUGCAUGUCUGUCCAAUAUCUGAACGACACAAGCUUUAAUGAGACAAUUGACGGUGACAUCUCAUAUCUCAAGAAUGUGUCAGACAUUAUGCUGAAAGUGGUCAAGGAUGGCACCAAUGAUAUCAAGCGAGACUUCUUUGAGACGGCAAAAACGGAGAUUCUUUCGUAUGCUUAUGCUAAUCAGGUGAUGAACCAUUCAAAAUUUUCGAAUAAGGUAUGGCAUAAGCUGGUGAAAAAGUACUUCUGGAGACAUUGGUUUGUAUUAAGCUAUGAUAUGGAGAGAGUAGGUGCAGGAAACCACUGGGUAGCAUUUGCGGGUAAAUAUGUCUAUGCAUGGUUCAGAACAAGUAAUAGAAAUUUGAACGUGGUAAACACAAACAACAACGACUAUAGCAUAGAAGAGAAGCUUAACACAUGUAUGGAAAAGAAGGAAUGGAGCAUUGUUGAGGUCACCGAACAUGGUUCUGACAUGUGCGAGUGGGUUUACGAUUACCUUGACGAUUGUAUUGGGAAUGUCAACGGGAAGGCCGUGAUCAAUUUUCAAACUGAAUACAGUGCAGAUUGGUCGGAGGGAAUAGCGGCCCGUUACAGCGUAUAUUCACCGCGGGCGCAAGGAUUUAAUGUGUUUGCGGUUGCGCCCGAAAAGUGACGAAUCAAGAUCACUCAAAACACUUGUAUCAAUUUUCACAGAUCAAUAAAAUGAUCAAAGAUUC